AGCUCUCGGGGAUCGACUCCAGGGAAGCGAAGCUACCCCUGUAUCGCCUACAGGGCAAUAGUGGGGUAACAACGAAUAUGCACGUCUUCCACGUCUUGGGAGUUAGCAUCCAAGUAACGUUCCUUUGCUUCAUCGUAUAUCAGUAUGGACAUUAUGAUAUCUUGAGUCUGUAUUUGAGCAUCUCUCACCACUGAUAGCUCUGGUUGACCUAAUUCUAAUUGAUCAUACGCCUUCUCUACCCCUCUUCUUAUCUUUUUGUGCAAGUCACCAUAGAAUGCUCAUUGGCUAGACUUCUGAGUCUAUAUAUUACACAUAUACUACUCCGGACCUCAAAAUGGCAACCCAAUUCGUCAACUGCCGCCAAUGUAUAUCCGGCACCCUCAUCUCCCGCCCCCUCACCAUCUCUUCCUCCGGCCUCAUAAUCCCCAACACGCCCCUCCCACCCGGAACCCAAACAAUCGACCUCCAAAACGCCAUCAUCGCACCUGGCUUCAUCGAGCUGCAAAUCAACGGCGCCCUCGGCUUCCACUUCGCUCACGCCAACACCCCCGAGAUAUACACAGCCGGUGUGCAGAAACUAGCUCGCUUCCUCCCUCAGACUGGCGUCACGGGAUUCUUCCCAACUGUGCCUACUGUAUCGUCUCGUGUAUUCAAACAAGUCCUCCCUCACCUCGCCCCAAGAGAAGAAGAAGGUGCUGCAACCGUGCUAGGCGCUCAUGUCGAAGGACCCUUUCUGGCACCAAGUAAGAAAGGAGCGCACGAUGCUAGUAAUAUGUUCAUUCCCUCCUCCGCAACCCUAGAAGGCGUUUACGGGGAGCAAAACUUGAAAAACAGUAUCAAAGUCUGUACUCUAGCACCAGAACUACCCGGUGCAUUAGAACACAUCAAGAAAUUGAAGAAUGAGUACCGAGUCAGUGUCUCUAUGGGCCAUUCGGCUGCGAAUUAUGCGCAGGGCGUCGAAGGGAUGAAAGCUGGCGCGAAUCUGAUUACGCAUACGUUUAAUGCGAUGAAUCCGCUGCAUCAUCGGGAGCCUGGAUUACCUGGGCUCCUCUCCUCGCCAACUCCCCCCUAUUUCUCACUAAUAGCCGACUCCAUCCACCUCCACCCCAACAUCGUCGUCUUCGCCUACCGCUCUUCGCCGUCCCAUUGUAUCUUAGUGACAGACUCCAUCGAGCUUUCCGGGCUACCGGAUGGUAUUUAUCCUGGGCACGCACAGAUACCGUUGCAGCAGCAGAAAACCGGGAAUAAAGUCACGAUCCUCGGUACGGAUACGUUGAUUGGGACGUGUAUCGGCCUCGAUGAGUGUGUGAGGAAUUUGAUGGCGUGGGCGGGCAUUAGGGUCGAGGAGGCGGUGAGGUGUGUUACGGAGAAUGUGGUUAAGGCGGUGGGGAUUAGGGAUAGGGGGAUGUUGGAGGCGGGGAGGAGAGGGGAUUUUGUUGUGUUGAGUGAGGAGGGUGUGGUGGGUAGUACGUGGAUGGCGGGGAGGAAGAUCUGGGAGCGUGCUUGAUGGAGCGGGAGAUGUAGAGCAGAGCGAAGAGGAGUGAAUGGCUCGGUUGUCUGCUCAAUGAGCUUUGUGAUUAAGUCAAAGUGUUCGUACUCAUAUCAGAGACUUUCUCAACAUGGGAACAUUUUAAUGUACGAGAUUUUAGAUUCGAGACAGAGAAUACAAUACAUCCGAAC